GCUCGCUGCGUCGCCGAUUCCCGGGCGAUUGCUUCUGUCUGGUGUUUGGGUAUGGUGCGCGAGAGGAGCCUCUGAGGCGGCCGGAGCCCAAGCUGGAGUUUGGCUGGUUACUGAGCGCUGCCCCGGUGCCGAGCGGGCUAUGGGCGAGCCCGACCCCUUGGUCUCGGGGCAGCUCGCGGCCGGCCGGAGCUGGUGCUUGCGGCGGCUGGGGAUGGACCGCGAGUGGCUGCAGCUGGAGGCUGGGAGUGAGGUGACCAUAGGACGGGGAUUUAGUGUCACAUACCAGCUGAUAUCAAAGGUAUGCCCUCUGAUGAUUUCUCGAAACCACUGCGUUCUGAAGCAGAAUCCUGAGGGACAGUGGACGAUUAUGGACAAUAAGAGUCUGAAUGGUGUUUGGCUGAACAGAGAGCGUCUGGCACCGUUACAGAGUUAUUGCAUCCGUAAGGGAGACCAUAUCCAGCUCGGAGUGCCACUGGAACACAAGGAAACCGCUGAGUAUGAAUAUGAAGUUACUGAGGAAGACUGGGAGAGUCUGGCUCCCUGCCUUGCCCCCAAGAAUGAACAGACAACACAAAAACAUAAAGGCUUGAGAACUAAGAGGAAAUUCAGUUUGGAUGGGUUAGAGAGUCUUCCAGCCGAGGGCCCCUCAGGUCUCAGAUGCCCUCUGGUUAAAGUCUCCAGUAAAGUCGUUGAGCCAGAGAAGUUACGUGACAAAGGUGAAGCAGCAGGUCAGCCCUUAGGAUGCUUGUGUCCUACGCUGACUUCUCUGGAGGCGAGUGAGAAGGCCACCGGGCCUCACGCUUACUCUGCUCUCCCAAAGGUCCCCGAACUCUAUCCUAAGAAGCAGAAGGCCUGCAGCCCCUCGGCAUCUCAGAGCAGCUUAGAACUGUUUAGGGUGACCAUGUCCCGGAUACUGAAGCUGAAAACACAGAUGCAGGAGAAGCAGACGGCUGUCCUGAACAUCAGGAGGCAGACCCGCAAGGGGAGCGCAAAGAAGAUGCUGAGGAUGGAGAAGGAGCUGCGGGAACUACAGUCUCAGCUGUCUGCAGAGCAGGCUCAGCAGCAAGCCAGGGUGGAGCAGCUGGAGAAGACUUUCCAGGAAGAGGAACAUUACCUCCAGGGUUUGGAGAAAGAGCAAGGAGGAGAGUGCGACCUGAAGCAACAGCUGGUGCAGGCUCUGCAGGAGCAUCGGGCUCUCAUGGAAGAAUUAAACCGCAGCAAGAAGGACUUUGAGAAAAUCAUUCAAGCCAAGAACAAAGAAUUGGAGCGGACCAAGGAAGAAAAGGACAAGGUCCAAGCGCAGAAGGAGGAAGUCCUCAGCCACAUGAACGACGUGCUGGAGAACGAGCUCCAGUGUAUCAUCUGCUCAGAGUACUUUAUCGAGGCUGUCACCCUGAACUGUGCCCAUAGCUUCUGCUCCUUCUGUAUCAAUGAAUGGAUGAAACGGAAACUAGAGUGUCCCAUUUGUCGGAAGGACAUUGAGUCCAGAACCAACUCCCUGGUUCUGGACAACUGCAUUAGUAAGAUGGUGGAAAACUUAAGCGCAGACGUGAAGGAGAGAAGAAGUGUCCUAAUUAGGGAACGGAGAGAGGAACAUUACACUAGCCCCAGGAGAGAGAUAGCAUCUCGCCGGCUCUCGAGCUCACUUGAAGCUGAUGACUGGAAGAGCCCAAGUCCACCUCUGUCCUCUUCUGGAGAGUCACUUGCAUAGACUAAGGAUCCUAUCCCUUCUCCUUUCUCUGCUGAGGCUGAGCAGGCCCCUGGGCCUCCCUGGCAAGAGGAGUGACUGUUAGGAAACAUCACACUGCCUUCUGUGCAUACCCUGCUCACAGCACAGCUGGCACUUUCCGCAGUUACCACAGCACGUGCAGCUCUGAGACUUCUCUAGACAAGCGGAAGGUUCUGAGACUUGAUUUAGGGGAAGAUGCGCCAGAGCCAUCAGCAGCUUUGUUGGGCUGCAGUGUGAAGAGAAAAUUUUAAAUUAAAAUGCCAGCUCUCUUUAAGUGUUCUGGUGCCAUUUGAAAGCUGGUUUAUUCUUUAGUGCGUGGGAAUUUUUAAAAAGAACUUAGGAUCUGGAUUUGAAGAGAGUUCAGUGGUCAAAAGCACUUCCUGCUCUUCCAGAAGACUGUAUUCAAUUCCCAGCAUCCACAUGCUGGCUUAAAACUGCCUGUCACUCCAGUCCAAAGGGAUCUGACAUGUUUUGUCUGUUUUAGGCACCAAGAAUGCACACGGUGUGCAUACAUGUGUAGGUAAAACACCCAUAUGCAUAAAUAAAACAAAGAGAAUAAACAAAACACAGGCUGUGCAAACUGGCAAGGGUUUGGUUGAUUCUCAUGCAGAUGUCCUGUGUUCUCCAAGAGGACCUUCCUCAGCUUCCCUGACUGCUGGGUUUAGGUCCCAGUGGGAGCAGCACCUCCUGACUGGUUAGCUAUUGAGGAGGGGGUGGUAUUAGGAAGCUGGAUUAAACAGAAUUAAAGAAGCAUGCCUUGCAGCUGAAGUAAAUAACACAUUCAAAUGAGACCUUUGUACCAAGAAUCACUGUGGCAAGCACCUUCAGAAGGAAAAGGUUUGAAAUUCCUUGUAGGGAGGUGGUAAGGGGAGGGCCAUCCUUCUGUCAGGUUCUCCCUCCCCUAUUUCUUUUGCUCCCUUUAAAUUAACUUGUUCACAAGUUUCCCCAGCAGUUUCUCCUCCUCCUCUGGGCUUUGUGGUGGUUGUAGGGUAGGUUUGAGAGUCCGACUCUAGGCCAGCCUGAAACUCACAGCCGUCCUCCCUCUGGACUCCCCAAGAGUUGGGAUCUUAGGCUUGAGGCGCUGUGUUCAACUCCCCUGAGUUUCGGAAAAGAAAGAAGCAGGGCUGGAGAUAGCUGGAGGGUAGGGGCCCUCGCCCAGCACUGGAGGGGAUGGCAUAAGAACCCAAAAGAUCUGGGGGGAGAAUUGCUCUCUCUCAGCGCCGGCUCCUGCAGACUCCGCCCCCUUGCUGUUGUAACACUGAGUCGAAGCUCUUGCUGAGGGUGUGCAGAGAGAAGGCAUUGUGAGCCUGCGAGCCGGGCUGUUCUGUGGUCGGAGACCCCUGGAAGAUCACCGGGCCUGUGACUUGAGCCGCCUCUGUUUAGCUAAGGGGAAGGGAAUGUAGAGCAACGGCAAGGGCUCCGGACUCCAGACAGGUCUCUCUGCUCCCCUGGAAGUCUCAUGGUGUUGCCCACCUCUUCCAUAGAAGCCAGCCUGGGAAGGGGGCAUAGUAGCAGUCGGACGGUAUUUAGUAAAGAACCCACCGGAGAGAAUGUGAGAUCGCACGCACUCUCAGCCCAGUCCUGAGAGCCUGUUGUUUACAUGAAAUCAGCAUGUAGGAUUAGGACUGUGUGCCCAAGGAAAAUGGCUCAGCUAGCUUGUACUCAAGGACCGUAGUACCACACCCGGAUUGCUUGUUUAUUGAGGUAGGUCUGCUGUGUAGACCAAGCUAACCUCUAACUCAAGAGUGAGCCACCUGCCUCAGCCUCCCCUCGUGCCACCAUGCCCAGAUGUAUGUUUUUGAUUUUUCUAAAAAUGUAUGCUUUGCAAAAUUAUUGCUGGAUAAGAGUAACCAGAUGUUGCUGGAUGUGUUCUUCUGGUCCCUUCAUUAUUGAAAGUAAGAGCUGUCUUCUUUAAUUCGCUUCUCUUUUCCCCUCAUCGUAACUCAAAUACAGUUUGAGGUGACAAGAAGGCCGGGGAUGGCAGGGUGAUCACAAGAUAAGGUCCCAGGUCUGACUCCAGAGCCAUGUAAGCUGGGCCUGGUGGCACUUAAAAUCCCAGCGUUGGGGGAGUGGAGACGGUGUGUCCUCGGGGCUUGCUGGGAGUUUCCUCAGUGGACCUCAGGCCAUGGUGAGAGAAAGACUGUCUCAAAGAACCUGGUGGGCAGCUGAGAAGGGACACCUAAGACUGAGCAGCCUCCACUCUCACGAGCUCAGACAUCUGUCUCCCUGCAGCCUUACACACCCACGGGGUUGCAUGUGUCCAGAGUAAGUAUAGUAGCAUCACAGGAACGGGUGGAGAAAGGACUGUCCUGUGGUGGUCAGCUCCGGGGCUCUGUGGACUGUAUGAGCUAGUGACCCAGAAAGGACUGGCACCUCAGACUACUUACCAGUCUAUAGUUGUGUGACUGCAGAGCUGCCUUCUGCAGAGGUAUAAGAGCUGUUCCCUUAGUGACCUGUUGUAAGAGGUCUUUGCCUUGUCAUCAGACACUGCCAUCUGUUUGGAGGCGCCCAGGAAAGCUUCCCUGGCUGAGAAGACAGGCCUUCCCAAGCGGCGACAGUGCCCUUCCAUCCCUAGACAGUCGAGAGAACCGGGUGUCCAAGUAGAGGCAGUGGAAUGACCUUGAAUAUAGGCCCACCUCACAUUUAAAUAAACACGUGCAUGGUCGAGUAGUGACCCUGAGCCUGUCCUGUGUGAAUGUGAAGACUCGCUGGCUUGAGUGAUCCUCCUGCCGGAGGCUGUGUGGGCAACACCAUGAGCCCCACAACCCAGUCUCGCCAGGACCGAGCUUCCGCCCUCCCUCUACUCUCGGUUGUGGAGAACAGGCAGAGGUGGUUGGGAUGUGAGGGAGUGAAACACAGGCCUCACCUUCACACUUGUGUCUUUCUCU